GGGGGUUGGGGGGCAGGUCUGCAUUGCCGCUUCCCGGUCCCGGGAGCAGUCGCUUGCUGCCUCAAGCCCCGCGGCCGGGACCCCCGCCCUCUUCGGGACUCCCUUCCCCGGGCAUCCCAGCCCAGAUAUACAGAGGUUCCUGGGAGAGAAGUGGGCAGUUCUUCCUGAGUUAUCUGAGCUCUCCAGCUAAGUCCCCCUCAAACUAGCUCCCCUCCCCUCCUCUCCUGGCUCCCUCAGGCCCCCUCUCUCUUCCCCAUGCAUCCAGUUGAACCAGCUAUAGGCCAACGCUUUUCUUCCUCUUAGAUACUUACCAGCCAAGUUCUAUUUUCUGGGUUGAAAGUUACUUGAACACACUUUAUCCAAAUAACUGGGGGCAGGGGGUCUUUCUGACUCUUGGAGGCCUUGAGUAAAAAGCUGACUAAGAGUAGGAGGGGGUGAAGGAGACCUGAGGAAGCAUCCUCCAACAACCCACCAUGGAAGAGGGCUUCAGGGACCGGGCAGCAUUCAUCCGCGGGGCCAAGGACAUCGCUAAGGAGGUUAAGAAACACGCAGCGAAGAAGGUGGUGAAGGGACUGGACAGGGUCCAGGACGAGUAUUCUCGCAGAUCCUACUCCCGCUUCGAGGAGGAGGAUGAUGAUGAUGACUUUCCAGCCCCUGCUGAUGGCUACUACCGCGGGGAAGGAGCCCAGGACGAGGAAGAAGGGGGUGCCUCCAGUGAUGCCACUGAGGGUCAUGAUGAGGACGAUGAGAUCUAUGAGGGGGAAUACCAGGGCAUCCCCCGGGCUGAGUCAGGGAACAAAGGCGAGCGAAUGGCAGAUGGGGCCCCCUUGGCCGGAGUGGGGGGGGGCUUGGGUGAUGGAGAGGGCCCCCCUGGGGGCCGGGGAGAAGCACAGCGGCGGAAAGAGCGAGAGGAGCUGGCCCAGCAGUAUGAGACCAUCCUGAGAGAGUGUGGCCACGGCCGCUUCCAGUGGACACUGUACUUUGUGCUGGGGCUGGCUCUCAUGGCUGAUGGCGUGGAGAUCUUUGUGGUGGGCUUCGUGUUGCCCAGUGCCGAGAAAGACAUGUGCCUGUCUGACUCCAACAAAGGCAUGCUUGGCCUCAUCGUCUAUCUGGGCAUGAUGGUGGGAGCCUUCCUCUGGGGAGGCCUCGCAGACCGCCUGGGUCGGAGACAGUGUCUGCUCAUCUCACUCUCCGUCAACAGUGUCUUUGCCUUUUUCUCAUCUUUCGUCCAGGGCUAUGGCACUUUCCUCUUUUGCCGCCUCCUCUCUGGGGUUGGGAUUGGAGGCUCCAUCCCCAUUGUCUUCUCCUACUUCUCGGAGUUUCUGGCCCAGGAGAAACGUGGGGAGCAUUUGAGCUGGCUCUGCAUGUUUUGGAUGAUUGGUGGCGUGUAUGCAGCUGCUAUGGCCUGGGCCAUCAUUCCCCACUACGGGUGGAGCUUUCAGAUGGGGUCCGCUUACCAGUUCCACAGCUGGAGGGUCUUUGUUCUCGUCUGUGCCUUCCCCUCUGUGUUUGCCAUCGGGGCUCUGACCACGCAGCCUGAGAGCCCCCGCUUCUUUCUGGAGAAUGGGAAGCACGAUGAGGCCUGGAUGGUGCUGAAGCAGGUUCAUGACACCAACAUGCGGGCCAAGGGACACCCAGAACUCGUUUUCUCAGUGACCCAUAUAAAGACGAUCCACCAGGAAGAUGAGCUGAUUGAGAUCCAGUCAGACACAGGGACUUGGUACCAGCGCUGGGGGGUCCGGGUCUUGAGCCUGGGGGGACAGGUGUGGGGGAAUUUCCUCUCCUGUUUUGGUCCAGAAUAUCGACGCAUCACUCUGAUGAUGAUGGGUGUGUGGUUCACCAUGUCAUUCAGCUACUACGGCCUGACUGUCUGGUUUCCUGACAUGAUCCGCCACCUUCAGGCAGUGGACUAUGCAGCUCGCACCAAAGUGUUCCCUGGAGAGCGUGUGGAGCAUGUGACUUUCAACUUCACCCUGGAGAACCAGAUCCACCGUGGGGGCCAGUAUUUCAAUGACAAGUUCAUUGGGCUUCGUCUGAAGUCAGUGUCAUUUGAGGAUUCUCUGUUUGAGGAGUGUUACUUCGAGGAUGUCACAUCCACCAAUACAUUUUUCCGCAACUGCACAUUCAUCAACACCAUAUUCUACAACACAGACCUGUUCGAGUACAAGUUUGUGAAUAGCCGUCUGGUAAACAGUACAUUCCUGCACAACAAGGAGGGCUGCCCACUGGAUGUGACAGGGACAGGCGAGGGUGCCUACAUGGUGUACUUUGUCAGCUUCUUGGGGACUCUGGCAGUGCUCCCUGGGAACAUCGUGUCUGCCUUGCUCAUGGACAAGAUCGGCAGGCUCCGAAUGCUCGCUGGCUCCAGCGUGAUGUCCUGUGUCUCCUGCUUCUUCCUGUCUUUUGGGAACAGCGAGUCAGCCAUGAUUGCUUUGCUGUGCCUCUUUGGGGGGGUCAGCAUUGCCUCCUGGAAUGCUCUGGACGUGUUGACUGUUGAACUCUACCCCUCGGACAAGAGGACCACAGCUUUUGGCUUCCUGAAUGCCCUGUGUAAACUGGCAGCUGUGCUGGGGAUCAGCAUCUUCACAUCCUUCGUGGGGAUCACCAAGGCCGCACCCAUCCUCUUUGCCUCUGUUGCUCUGGCCCUUGGAAGUUCUCUGGCCCUGAAGCUGCCUGAGACUCGGGGGCAGGUGCUACAGUGAGAGGGGACCUCUGGGACUUCAGGGGUGGCAGGCACACUGUGAGACCAAUAGCUCCUUCUCUCAUCCCUGUCCUACCGUUCUGGCCCCCAGAGCCCCAACCCCUGUCCCAUGUGUUUGGUGUCUUAGCUGUGUGCGUGUGUGAGAGAGAGAGAGAGAGAGAGAGAGACACCCUAUGGGCAGGGACUGCAGAGAAGGUUCCUUCAUCCAAGUUUGGGGGUAUAGUACCACUCCCCACCUCCUAUUACCCUUGACUUUGCACAGAGAAGAGAAGGCUUGGCCUUACCCUUUUUCCCCCGUUAGUGAGGGACCUUUGCUCUUCCCAGCUCCAGAGCUGACCUCCACCUUCCCCUUCAUCUUUCCAGUACCACAGGCAUGUGGUGAUGCUGGGGGUUGGGGCUCAAUGCAGAUCGUGGACCAAAAGAACUGAGAAUUGGAAGGGCCUCAGUGCCCUCUCACCUCCAGUUGAGGGUGUAGCAAUAAACCUUAGCCCCCUGGCCUCCACUCCCCCUUCCCUUUGGGCUGCAAAUAAGAAAGCUGGAUAUUAUGAAAUGAGUGAUCUCUACUUAUUUAUAUUUUCAGUUUGGUGACAGCUCUGCAAGACUGUGUGUAUGAAUGUGUACACUUGUGUGUAGUGUGUACACUUGUGUAUGUGCCAUGGGGUGGGGGUCAUUCUGUUAUCCUCAAAUACAGGCUAAGGGUAGCUUCAGUAGACACACACACACACACACACACAUGCCUGCCACCCACAGUACUUCCUCCAAUCCUGUGGCUGUGCCCAGCUGGGGUGGGAGGAACACUGGAUCUGGCUGGUUAAGGAGGGGUCCCAGGGUUUAGGAGAUCCGAGGACACCUGACCUGAGUGCAGCUCUUCCAGUCUUCUCAGGCACAGGCCGCCUUGGGAGGGAGAGGCUCCACCCACUAUAAUACAUCUAGGCACCCCUGGGUCAUCCCCCCACCGUGCCCCCAACCAGUGUCCUCUCAGGCAAGGGGCUCUGGGGUGGGGAGGUGAGGGUGGGUGGUCGUGGUGGUGGGGGAGAAGAAACCAGGCAUUUGGUUAAACUAGCAAAUCAAAAGCACAAGGAGCUUGGGCAGGGCAGGAAAUGGGCCCUCCCAGCAACAACUCUAAAAUGGGAAGAGGUUUGGCAGUAAGCCAGGGCCUCCCUGCACACACAUACAUAUCCAUGAGAGGACCAGAAGCCUCAGUUUCUCCAUCUCACCCUUCUACUCUGUCGACCCUGUAGGUUAAGCUGCCCCCGCCCCACCCUACUGCGUAUGGCUGCUUUCUCCGGUGCCCCCCUCUGUAGCUGUGAUGUGUUGUAGUUUUUAGCUGUUUGUAAAAUGUUAAAAAAAAAAAAAGUGAAAAGAAAAAAGUAAAAACAACAAAAAAUUCUAACUUACCCUCUUCAUGCUGCGUCUGGUGCCCCCACCUGUGAUCAUUCCUCCCCGUUUUGUAACUCUGACCCAGGUGGUGACUGUUUGACUCUGGUGUCUGUGCUCCAAGGACUGCCUUCUCCCCCAGUGCCCAGUGUACGAGUGUGUCCCUCUCCCCUUGCCCUUCACUCACUGGACGCAGCUCUUGCCCUUGCACCUCUGGAGGGACUCAUCUA